AUGACAAUAUUUUACAGAAUUUUAGCUGAGGUUGUUAGCACUGUAAAUGAUGUUUUACCAACCCCUGAACUACAAGCAGCUUUCCAACAAAUAUUCAAUUACUUAGAGCAGAAAUUGAAACAAGAACCUGUAGAUGAUAUUAAGCAAUUGAAAUCAAUUUACGAAUUACUUUUGAAGGCCGCCAAAUCUUUGUUGAAACUUCUUCAAGAUAACAUGAUUGCUGAACCACAAGUAGGAGGUUUCCUGGGAUUACCUAUUCCACUAACCUUCAGCGGUCUGCAAAAAUUGCCCGAUUUAACUUCAUUGAGACUAAGUCCUCUCAACUUUUUGCGUGUACAACAAGAUACCAACAUUAGAAGACGUUCAAGCCAUGGUUAA